AUGUCGGUGGAACAAUGGCGGGAGAGUCUGGAGAGGACUAUGAAGUCUAUUGGAAGGGGAUGGAGAGUACAGAUGGUUACGGACGGAAGAGAGGAUGGAUGGGUUCACAUAAAUGGACUCGUACUCGCACAUUACAGAAUUGCCAAGAUUCAUCCCACAGAGCCUUCAGACGAAGUGAGGGACAUCAUGUCGCAAAACACUCGGUUGUAUCCGAAUGCAGACGACUCCUCAAGUUCACCUACUGGAACAAAAUCAGGGAAUUCUUACGACGAAGAAGUCAUGGCCGGAUCCGACAAUCCAACGGACUUUGACUUGUCGUAUGCCGUGAAGGCGUCGUCAGAGAAGCUUCCGGUGGCGGAAGCAACACUGCUGUAUGCAGACACCUCGCCAUCGGACCUCAAAACUCCGUCUGGGGCUGACCCCGAUGAGAUUCCUCAAGCGUUCACCAUGAAUGAAAAGUUCAACUCAGGCUCGAGGAGGUCCAGCAUGACGGCCGAAGGAGAAGACUGGGAUAACGUUCACGGAAUCACUGGAAGGCUCGUUAGAUUUGCACAUGAUCACUACUACUUGACCUUCCUGAUCUUCCUUGUUUUUGUCAUAGUAACUUCAGCUGUUAUUUUCAUUGCCCCAACGGACCCUCGGUGUGCACAGUCUGGGCCACAAUUCACGGUAUGCAAGCAGUCCAAUCAUGACUGGGAGGUGAGCUACUCGAUGGUAUCCAGAUACAAAGAUGCUGUAAAUCAGACAAAAGCGCUGUCGCAGCCAUCAGAGGAUGCGGCAUUGACUCUGUUGUAUUACUGGAAAGAUGCCGUUGUGAAGCAGAAUGUCAAUAUUUUUACACCAACUACUGUCAAAGACAUGUGCGAAAUUCAGAGAUUGUUUGUGAGCCAUCCCUUCUACCCAAAGCUAUGUCAAAGAUCAAAUGGCAACUGUGUACAACCUUACAGUGUGGUACAGCAGUUCUACAAGGCAGGAGGAGAUUGCACGUUACUGACAGACAGUGAAGUCCAGCAGAAGGCGAAGGAUCUCCUCAAUCCUGCAAACCCUCUACUGGGAUUCUUUGUAUCGUCUGAGGCAGGAUCGAAAGGCUUCACCAACACCACUCGUGCUCUCUUGUCUCUUGGUGCACCCCUGCCGGGCUUCAAGGAUGCGGCUGAGGACAAGGAUGUACAGCAAAACAUCUAUCAGAGCGUCUUCUUUGAAGACUUUACAUGUCCUGUACCAAAAUGGUUGAAAGAUACGAAGUUUCUGAACCCAGACUUCUGCAAUGGAAGAAAAGAUGGUGAGGUCAUCAAAGGACUGGAAUCUCAAUUGUUCGAGAAGUUCAACAUGGAAGGAUUCCCCAAAUCGGGCCAGUACAAGGGAGCAUUCAGGUCUCCGUACCUCGGUGCUUCACCUCAUGAGGAGAUCUCUUCUUCUGAAGUGAUGGAAGUCCGUUGGUAUUCCAACAUCAUUCAAACGAUGGAAUUUGCAAGGGUAGUGAACGGAGAUUUGAAUUUUGCUAUCCUCUCCAUCUCCGUUGUGUACCUAUACAUUGCGUAUCAUACGAAAUCUUUCUUCUUAGCCUCUAUGUUCAUGUUUCAGAUUAUUAUCUCACUUCCUGUUGGUUAUUUCGUAUACUACAACAUUGGACAGAUCCAUUUCUAUUCUCAAGUGAAUAUUCUUGCAAUUUAUUUGGCCUUGGGCAUUGGAGCAGAUAGUGUCUUCGUGCUGUACGAUUGCUGGCAACAGAGUGAAACAGAUCCAAGUAUAAAAACAACCUUGGGAAGGCUGAACUACAGUCAUAACAGGACGAUGAUUGCUUGUUUCAACACGACUUCUAGUACAGUAAUGUCCUUUGUUGCCACGGCAAUCACACCAGUAAUGCCCAUCGAAUGCUUUGCGAUAUUCGCAUCCUUGGUUUUGAUCAUGAACUACAUUUUCAUGGUCACUGUUGCGCCAGCAAUCAUUAUGAUAUACUACGUUCACUUCGAGGACCUCGGGGGCUUCUGCUGCUACUGCUCACGCUCGUGCACGGGUCGCUGCGGACCAAAGGAACCUGGAGUCACGACACACCUGUCAAAGCUGCGCGAGAAAGAUGCUUUGUACCGUUGCAGCUGUUAUGCAAAGGUGGAGAGCGAUACCGUGGAAAACGGAAAUCCCUCAGAAGCUUUCAACGAACGAGAACUUCGUGCUGCCGAGCGAUUUUUCAGUGACCAUUUUUCGAAGCUCAUCAUUGGCUUUGAUCUUCAGCCAGGGAAAUACAAGCCUCUGGCAUACUUCUUUCUCGCAGCUAUCACCGGUUACUCGAUAUACAUGGCAACCCAAGCAUUCCAGCUGACUCCACCCAAGGCUCAGGAAGAAUGGUUCCCACCGAAUCACAUGUUCAACAAAGAACUGAUGAGCAGACUUGCGCAUAAUUGGAAGGCUGGUGCCAACUCAGAUUACAUGGAAAUUGUCGUCGUUUUUGGUGUGGAAACAGUAGAUCGAAGCAACUUCAGCGCAUUUUAUCCUGCGUACAAUCGUGGAGGGGUUGUCUUUGACAAGGAAUUCGAUUUCUCGUCCAAGGACUCACAAAAAUUCUUCCUCCGAGUCUGCAAGGAAAUUGAAACGUUGAAAUGCGGAAAGGGCGGCUGUGGUUCCAACAUGCUGCGGCAAGGCCAAUCACCAUACUGCGUCUUUCAGGAUAUGUUGAAAUUCUACAACAACGAAACAAAAUCAAAUGUGGAAUAUUUCCCCUCGAAGAAGGAGAUGAUCGAUACCUACACCAAGAUGGCGCAAGCAAAUUCCGACAAAAACAAUCCUGAUAAGUAUCUUGAAUAUUCGAUGGGAAUCGAACAAGGCACGAAUGGCUUGGAAAUUAAGUGGGCGAUGAUACCGUUCAUGUCUUCCAUCCUCAGCCCGCUGCCAAACGCAGAAGCUCACGACAUCUACUCGGUGUUGGAGAAGUGGAUCGAAGGCCUUCGCAAGGAUGCUCCUGCUGGCAUGAAGACUGUCUUCCAGACGGAUACUCAAGUUGCCGCGCUAGGCUGGACCUGGAUGAAGGUUGAGGAUGCGCUGGUGUACAACCUGCUGCAAGGGUUCGCCAUGUGCUUCCCCGUCGUUUUCGUUAUCUUGAUCUUUGCUACUGGGAACGUCAUAAUCUCCUUCUACUCCAUCGUCACCAUCGCCUUCAUCGUCGUGGGUGUGCUCGGCUCUGCCAAGGGCUACGCGGGAUGGAGUCUGGGAGUGGCAGAGUCGAUCGCAGGCGUCAUCGUCAUCGGUUUCUCUGUUGACUACACGGUCCAUCUCGGCCACAUGUACAAGGAGGCGCGAUCUUGCCACACCAAGGAGGAGAAGAUCCGUUACGCGCUAACUUACAUGGGCACGACAGUGGUGGGAGGAGGCAUGACGACUCUGUUGGCGGGACUCAUGCUGUACCUGUGCACGCUGACCUUCUUCACUAAGAUGGCUUCUCUGCUCGUGUGGACCAUCCUUUACUCCACCUUCUACUCCCUCUUCUUCUUCACCAGCCUCUGCGCUGUGGCUGGUCCUGUGGGCUCUUUCGGGUCGAUCGAAGUUUGUACCGACUUCGUCAAGAGGAAGUUGAGGGGUAGGGGAAGUUGA